UUAUUGUGGCUACGGUGCACUACUAAAGCACAUUGCUUGCGAUUGAGCCAUCCGAUAUGACUUAUCCGAACGAAGUCGUAAGUAUUGUGCCCCUCAUGAAGUUUGCGGCAUCGCAUGCCUCGCGGCGCAUUUAUAACAGGCACUGCAUGAGCGGCUCGGAGUUCUGCGCUACGUUCUCAAAUUGCGAUGUACGAGAGGGUGUGGAUGGUAGCGUAAGUACUUACCUGACAAAUGCCUUGCAAGAAGCCUAAAAUACCUCGUCGCAUCGUGAAGAGCGACAUGCUCU